ACCUCGGCCAAUGAAAAAGUAAGAGAGAGUAGAAAAAAGAGUGGGGGCGUGAGGGGAGGAAGGGGAGCGAAAUGUUUUCAGAGAGCGUGACACACACACACACACACACACAGAGAAAGAGAGAGAGAGAGAUCCCUGAUCCUCAUCAACAAACAGGCGUUUGAGGGACACAAAAAAGGGAAGGGUGAGAGGGAGGGGGGAAAACACGGUCACAUUUUCAGGCACCUGAAAAACGUGCUGGUUAUUUUGGGACGCGUGUUGCCUAUUGAUGAGCGGGGGAGUGUUUAAACUACUUCCACUUCCACACCAAUCAUGUUUUGGUUGUCAGUGUACACGAAGAGCAGCUGAACGCAUCGAGGGGGACCUCACUCACACAGAGACAGAGACAGAGACAGAGCUAAACCUCUUCAGAGUCGACUCACCCCGGGGGAAAUUAUCUGAAUCGAUUAGAGAGACGAUCUUAUUGUGUCUUUCUUUUUUUCCUCGUUUGUUUAUCUAAAACGUUUCUGUUUGAGAUUUUCUUCGCUGGGCGGGUUUGCUCUAGACCAGACCCCAAUGCCCCGUGCACCCUCUUUUUGGUCUGAAGUUUGGGAUACGCUCUAUAUGCCUUGGCAGUUCAUGACUCUAUCACCUGUGUCAACGAAACUCCUCAGUUGCGAACAGCGGCAGAAGAUCCAGCAUUAACCGCCCUAAAUCAUUACACAGCCCGGAGCACCGGACCAGCAAGGAAUCAUGGAGAACAGUCCCGGUGGUGGUGUUAUUUUGUACGCAGGCUCGUCUGGCAGUGCCAGUCCAAGUCCUGGCAGCCCUUCAAGUGGAUACCAGACCCAGUCGCCCUCCUCCCACUCACAGCCUUCAUCCCCAGAGGGUGUCUCCUUUCAGGAGAUUGGAUCCCUGAAGCAGAGAGGGGAACGAGGGGGCAGAACCGCUUCCCCCAAAAUGGUCUUUCAGUUUCCUGAAAUAUCCAAUGCUCCAGUUGCCCAAAUUACGACAGCAUCAUCAGCAACCUACAACCAUCCGACAGUGGCCAAAAGGCCUUGUGGUUUCACUGGCACAUUUACCAAGACCGGAGGUAUGGUGCUUUUGUGCAAGGUGUGCGGGGACAUUGCCUCUGGGUUCCAUUAUGGCGUGCACGCCUGUGAGGGCUGCAAGGGUUUCUUCAGACGCAGCAUUCAGCAGAAUAUCCAUUACAAGAUGUGCGUGAAGAAUGAAAACUGUCUUAUCAUGCGAAUGAACCGGAACCGGUGCCAGCACUGCCGCUUCAAGAAGUGUCUCUCUGUGGGAAUGUCCAGAGAUGCUGUGCGUUUUGGACGUAUUCCCAAGCGAGAGAAGCAGAGACUACUUGAUGAGAUGCAGAGCUACAUGAACAGUCUCAAUGAAUCGGCUUCCAUGGAAAUGGAGGUGUCGUCUCCUCCAGAUGCCCCCUGCAGUCCCCAGAACCAGACGAAUGAAGGGGCUGGUUCCAUACUGCAGUCCUACCGCGGCGAUGAGAAGCCGCUGAAAAUGGCUGCCGGCAACAACAACCUCAGCACUUCCUCAUUCCAGAGCAGUUCAGCGCAGGAAGCUGCCAUGUCGCACCCGACAGUUCAGCACGCAGCUCAGGUAGAGCAGGUGAACCUGACAACGAGCUACCACGUGUCCACAAACUUCCCUCCCACAUCCGCCAGCAGUGAAAGCUCCUCAAACACAAACGUCGACAACGCCAAGUACACCUUCUCAUCCAGUCACAACCAAUGCCCUGUCAGUGGAAACGUGUCAUCUCAGUCCUACACGGCCAAUCAGAACCAUUUCUCCCCCAGUGAUUCCCAGAACCAGAAUUCCUGUCCUUGGAAGCUGAGUGGAGGAGCCAAAGUGCUGGCAUGCCCACUCAACUCAUGUCCCGUGGCUCCGGCCAGUCGCUCCAGUCAGGAGGUGUGGGAGUCUUUCUCCCAGUGCUUCACCCCCGCCGUUAAAGAAGUGGUGGAGUUUGCAAAGAGCAUCCCAGGAUUCCAGACUCUCAGUCAGCAUGAUCAGGUCAUGCUCCUCAAAUCUGGCACCUUCCAGGUUCUUAUGGUGAGGUUCUGCUCAUUGUUUGACCCCAAGGAGAGGACAGUGACAUUCCUCAAUGGCCAGACUUACUCGCUGGCGUCACUCAGAGCUCUUGGCAUGGGCUCCCUGCUGGAUGCCAUGUUUGAUUUCAGUGAGAAGCUGGGAUCUUUGGGCCUGGAGCCAGAUGAGAUGGCACUUUUCAUGGCUGUUGUGCUAGUGUCUGCCGAUCGCUCUGGUAUAGUGGAGGUGGGCGCUGUGGAGCAGCUGCAGGAGAAUCUAAUAAGAGCUCUGCGUUCUCUCAUCACCAGUCGCCGCCCUGAUGACAGCACACUCUUCCCAAAGCUGCUGCUCCGUCUGCCGGACCUGCGCACCCUGAACAACCAGCACUCUGACAAGCUUUUAGCUUUCCGCAUAGACCCGUGAGUUCAGAUGUCUCACAGCUUAAUGAGGUAUCUGGUUGCUCAUUAUGCAAGCCUGACUUGCUACAUUCAGUACACUGGCCUGUGCAUGAUGGACAGCUGAUGCGGGGGCUGUGCCAAGUCUGAUGCUGUGAGAGAGAAGAAAAAUAUCAGUUAACGCAGGCUCAGCAGCAGCAGCAGCAGCAGGAGGUGGCGGCUCCUGAACUUAAACCAAUCUCUCCUCCAGUCGCUUCCAGUUGGGCUGCUAAAAAAACUAUUAAAAACAUCAACUGUCUUCUUCCUUGAGUUUUUUCAAGUCAAACCACCAUCGCUACCUUUUCGUCCAGGAGUUUUUGUUCUGAAGACCAAAAGAGAGAGGCUGUCACUCCUCAUCAGACUUUGUUCUCCCAUCCCAGGACUCAAAGCUAAUAAGAAGGAGGUGCUGACUUUCUCCCAGAGAAAAAGCAAUGGAAGGAUUGCUUACUGUACAUUCUCGCUACAAAUGUAAAAGAAUUUUCCAUGCGUUGAUAAACCUCUUUAAUCAUAUAUAAUAUAGCAAUAGCCAUGUCUAACACACCGUUUGUGUUUGCCCAGUUGAAAUGACAUAAGCUAUUUUCACAACAUGUUACCAUGUGGGAAAUCUUUAUGGAAAUCACCCAUUUGUGAUUGAGAAAUGCAUAACAUUUUUUUAAGAAAGUACAUUGCAUUUGUAUAUGGUAAUCAGGGAGUAAUUAUUGGUCAUUUUUAGACCAUGUCUGAUGACUUGUAUGCUCUGUCUGUAAAUUUUGUACAUAACAAUUAUUCUUGGUUGAUACCCUCAUCUGUUUGAAGAUUCUUGGAUAUGUACAUGAAGUUAGUAUUGAAUUAUCAUCACACAUAAUAGAUUGCUCUGUAGACUGCAAGAGGAAAAGCAGGAUUUUUCAACCAUGUGCUCUGAGUAUGAACUUUUAUUUGGAGAUAUAUGAUUGGAAUAAAUGUAUUUGUCAACUGACUGCAUCAGCUUAUGGAUAUUUUGUAAAUGUUCCAUGAUAACACCAUAGAGUACCAUGAUUAAAUAAUGUUAUAUAGCA